AUGAAUUGUAAAGAUUUAUCUGCUACUUUACUAAAAAAUAUUUCUCGGCUUCUUAUUGAAGCAGAUGACUAUAAUGUAUUCAUCACAGUUGGAGAAGAACCAAAUGUUGAAAUAUUUCAAGCCCAUUCAGUUAUUUUACGUGCUAUGUCUCCUUAUUUUCAUGCUGCUUUAUCAAUAAAUUGGGCUCAAAAAGCAGGUCAUAAAUUUCAUUUUAAAAAACCGAAUAUUAAUCCCAAUAUUUUUAAAAUUAUUUUACAAUAUAUUUAUACAGGAACCAUUCGUUUGGAUGAUGAAACAAGCGAUCUUAAUCUUGUCGAAUUACUUACAGCAUCAGAUGAAUUAGUUCUUAUGGAUCUUGUAGACUAUAUUCAAGAAUAUAUUAUUAGUUUAGAUAGAAUAUGGUAUCAAAAAAAUUUAAUCCAAGUGUUUAAUACAGUAUCAUGUUAUGAAGGGGUUUUUGAAAAAUUAAGAGAUCAUUGUAUUGAAUUAAUUUCAGUAGAUCCUCAAUUACUUUUUAACUCGGAAGAAUUUAGUAUAUUGCAAGAAGAAGCAUUAAUUUUAAUUUUAAAACAAAAUAAGUUACAAAUUAGAGAAGUUGAAUUAUGGAAUUAUUUAAUUCAAUGGGGAAUUUUUCAAUCUCAUUUAUUUGAAGAUAAAACGACAAAAGAUUUAAUAAAUUGGUCAUCAGAAGAUUUUGAAACUUUGGAAAAAAUACUUCAUAAUUCUGUUCCUUUUAUUAGAUUUUUUCAAAUGUUACCAGAAGAAUAUUUUUAUAAAGUUAGACCUUAUAAAAAAUUAUUACCGAAACAACUUAAAGAUGAUCUUAAAUUAUAUUUUAUUAUACCAAAUAGUAAUUUAACUACAACAAUUUUACCACCAAGAAUUCCGAAAUUUAUGCUUAAUUCAAGUAUUAUUACAUUAAAACAAUCUUUAAUAAUUUCAAGUUGGAUAGAUUAUAAAGAUGAUUCAUCAAUGUAUACAUCACAACAGGAAAAUCCUUAUAAUUUAAUAUUACUUUUACGUGGAAAUCGGGAUGGUUUUGGUGUAGAAGAAUUUCGUGAAAAAGUAUUUAAACAAGGACCAACAAUUGUUGUUAUUCAUCUAGCAGGAUCAAAAGAUAUUAUUGGUGGUUAUAAUCCUUUAGAUUGGACUGGUUCAAAUAAAUUUAAUCAAUCUACUGAUAGUUUUAUUUUUUCUUUUCGCUCUGAAAAAAAAUCUUCUAUCACUACUUUAAGUAGAGUUGCUAAAGAAAAAAGUGCUAUUUCUGAUGAUGAUGGUCAUUUUAUUGGUUUUGGUCAUGGUGAUUUAAAAAUCUUUCAAAGUGUUUGUCAAAAGAAAGAUUAUAUGUGUCCGAUUCAUGAUCUACAUUCUUUUCAAAUGUCCAAUUAUGAAGUUUUUAAAGUUGUUAAAAAAGAAAUUAAUUAA